AAAUUUCUAUCAAAGGCAUUUGCCAGUUCCCGGAUUUACACUUUGUUCUUCGCACUACUGUAAAAUGACUGGUCGCGGUAAGGGAGGAAAAGGAUUAGGAAAAGGAGGAGCCAAGCGUCAUCGUAAAGUUCUUCGUGAUAACAUCCAGGGAAUUACUAAGCCCGCUAUUCGUCGUCUUGCUCGUCGAGGUGGUGUGAAGCGUAUCUCUGGCUUAAUCUACGAAGAAACUCGUGGUGUACUGAAGGUCUUCCUUGAGAACGUCAUCCGUGACGCAGUCACCUACACUGAACACGCCAAGAGGAAGACAGUUACAGCUAUGGAUGUUGUCUAUGCUCUGAAACGUCAAGGACGUACACUCUACGGAUUUGGAGGUUAAACGUUGCUCUCAGCGAAUAAAAAUAAAAACCGGCCCUUUUCAGGGCCACCACUUAGUCACUACGUAAAAAUGAAAUUUUCGCUACCACAUUUUAUUUAUAAUGAUUAACAAUUUUUCUUUACCGAUCAUAUACUCUACAUUUGUUAUAAGAAAUAUGAAACACUUGAACUUCAAUCAUGAUUUUAAUUGUAUCCGAAUAUAACAUUUGUAGUCGUUCGAUUUUGUUAAAUAUAUUUUAAACGCAACCAAAACAUUUUUGAAAGUACAAAAUUCAUCAUUCAUCCAACGACACAGUUUGGGCAUUUCUAUAUUCUUUCAUAAAUAUUGAUAAUAUAUUUCUCGUUUA